AUGAGGGCUGAAUUUAGAACACUUGAGCGUGAAAAACGUUUCCAAAAUCCUCCUAAGGAUAAGUCUGCGUUCCCCCUUUUACAAGAUGCAGUGGCACCUCACGUUGGGUCGUUCAAUGCAUUGACUGAUGGGCCAGAUGGGGGUUUAUUGAACCUUGCCGUCAAAGACAUUGGCUACAAGACCAUUUUCGACUCUAAUUCUACUGACAGGUUGGGAAAUAAGUUGAAAAUCAGAGUGGAACUGGUUCAAUUAGCCAAGCCAUCAGUCAGCCCAAAUGACAAAUUGUCAUUAAAUAGAAGAACUUAUCCAAGUGAAUGUAGAGAAAGAAUGAGCACCUAUAGAUCCAGAUUGAUGUUGAAAUUGAACUGGUCUGUGAAUGAUGGUGACGAAGUAAGCGAAAUCAGAGAAGCUGGUCAAGUGCCCGUGAUGUUGAAGUCAAAUCGUUGUCACUUAGAAAAGUUAUCUCCUCUGGAAUUGAUUCAACAAAAGGAAGAAUCUGAUGAGUUGGGUGGGUAUUUCAUUGUUAACGGUAUCGAGAAAUUGAUCCGUAUGCUUAUUGUGCAGAGAAGAAACCAUCCAAUGGCACUUAUCCGUCCAUCUUUCGGAAAUAGAGGUGCAACAUAUACCAAGUUUGGUAUCCAAAUUAGAUCUGUUAGAGCAGAUCAAACCUCUCAAACAAACGUCUUGCAUUAUCUUAAUGACGGUAACGUCACUUUCAGAUUCUCAUGGAAGAAGAACGAAUAUUUGAUCCCAGUUAUGAUGAUCUUAAAGGCGCUUAUUGAAACCAAUGAUCGUGAAAUCUUUGACGGGAUAAUCGGGGCUGACACUUCUGACUCUUUCUUAACUGAUAGAAUUGAAUUGCUCUUGAGAACUUAUCAACAAAACUAUAACUUAUACGGUCAACAGGAGACUUUGGCCUACUUGGGUGAUAAAUUCAGAAUUGUUUUUGGGGCCUCUCCUGACGUUUCUGAUAUUGAAGUUGGUAAGGAAGUCCUCAAAAGAAUUGUGUUAGUACACUUGGAUUCUAGUGCAGACAAAUUCAGAAUGUUAAUGUUCAUGAUUAGAAAAUUAUACUCCUUGGUUGCUGGUGAAUGUAGUCCUGAUAAUCCAGAUGCCACUCAACAUCAAGAAGUACUUCUUGGUGGAUUUUUGUACGGUAUGAUUAUUAAAGAAAAGAUCGAUGAAUACUUACAAAACAUCAAAUUGCAAAUCCAAUCUGACAUAAACCGUGGAGUUGCUAUAAAUUUCAAUGAUAGGAAGUACAUGUCAAGAUGUUUCAUGAGAAUUAAUGAAAACAUUGGUCAAAAAUUACAAUAUUUCCUCUCCACGGGUAAUUUAGUUUCACAAUCUGGUUUAGAUUUACAACAAGUUUCCGGUUACACUGUUGUAGCUGAAAAGAUUAAUUUCCAUAGAUUCAUUUCCCAUUUCAGAAUGGUGCAUAGAGGUUCAUUUUUCACUGAAAUGAAAACAACUACCGUUAGAAAGUUGUUACCAGAGUCUUGGGGUUUCUUGUGUCCCGUCCACACUCCAGAUGGUUCACCUUGUGGGUUAUUGAACCAUUUAUCCCACAAAUGUAAGAUUGCAACUGAGUCAUCUGAUGUUUCCAUGGUUCCUCAAUUGUUGAGUCAAUUGGGUGUUUCCCCAGCCUCUUCAUAUGCAGCUGGCCCUAAAUUAUGCUGUAUUCAAUUAGAUGGUAAAAUCGUUGGUUGGACUACUCAUGAGCAAGGUAAGAUUGUUGCAGACACUUUAAGAUAUUGGAAGGUUGAAGGUUUAUACAAUUUACCAUUGAACUUGGAAAUUGGGUACGUUCCACCAUCUUCUAAGGGUCAAUACCCAGGUUUAUACCUUUUCGGUGGCCAUUCCAGAAUGAUGAGACCUACCAAGUACUUGCCAUUAAUGAAAGAAGAUAUUUUAGGUCCAUUUGAACAGGUUUACAUGAAUAUUGCUGUUACUCCACAAGAAAUUGAAAAUAAUAUCCAUACUCACGUUGAAUUCUCGCCAACUAAUAUCUUAUCCAUCUUGGCUAAUUUGACUCCCUUUUCUGAUUUCAACCAAUCUCCUAGAAAUAUGUAUCAAUGUCAAAUGGGUAAGCAAACCAUGGGUACUCCUGGUGUUGCAUUAGUGCAUAGAUCUGAUAAUAAAUUGUAUAGAUUACAAACUGGUCAAACUCCAAUUGUUAAGGCUAACCUUUACGAUGACUACGGGAUGGAUAACUUCCCUAACGGUAUGAAUGCCGUUGUUGCAGUUAUUUCAUACACCGGUUAUGAUAUGGAUGAUGCGAUGAUUAUCAAUAAAUCCGCAGAUGAACGUGGGUUCGGAUAUGGUACAGUUUAUAAGGUUGAAAAGGUGGAUUUGGCUCAAUCAAGAAGAAGAGGUGACCCCAUCACCCAACAUUUCGGAUUUGGUGAUGAUGAAUGGCCAGAGUCUUGGAAGGAAAAAUUAGAUUCUGAUGGGUUACCAAUGAUUGGUGUAAAAGUGGAAGAAGGUGAUCCAAUCGUUGCCUACUUCGAUGACACUUUAGGAAAGACCAAGGUAAAAACAUACCACUCUAAUGAACCAGCAUAUAUUGAAGAGGUGAAAUUGUUAGGUGAUGAUAGUGGAGAUCAAGAAGGACAAAUGUUAACAAUUAAAUAUAGAGUUACAAGAGCUCCAUUGAUUGGUGAUAAAUUUUCAUCCAGACAUGGACAAAAGGGUGUCUGUUCAAGAAAAUGGCCACAAAUUGAUAUGCCAUUCUCUGAAACCGGUAUUCAGCCAGAUGUGAUCAUCAACCCUCACGCUUUCCCAUCUCGUAUGACCAUUGGUAUGUUUGUCGAAUCUUUAGCUGGUAAGGCUGGUGCAUUACAUGGUAUCGCUCAAGAUGCUACUCCAUGGCAAUUCAAUGAAGAUGACACUCCAGCUGAUUAUUUUGGUGAACAAUUGUUAUCAGCCGGUUACAAUUACCAUGGUAACGAACCAAUGUACUCUGGUGCUACUGGUGAAGAAUUAAGAGCUGAUAUUUACAUAGGAUGUGUCUACUACCAAAGAUUGAGACAUAUGGUUAACGAUAAGUUCCAAGUCAGAUCUACAGGUCCUGUUAACUCAUUAACUAUGCAACCUGUUAAGGGUAGAAAGAGAUCUGGUGGUAUCCGUGUGGGUGAAAUGGAAAGAGAUGCAUUAAUCGGGCAUGGUACUGCAUUCUUAUUACAAGAUAGAUUGUUGAACUCUUCAGAUUACACCCAAACAUCUAUUUGUCGCUCAUGUGGUUCAUUACUUACCACCCAAAUGUCUGUACCUAGAAUUGGAUCCAUGGCUACUAUGAGAUGUCGUAGAUGUUCAGUUAGGUUGGAAGAAUAUACUCAAAAGGGUGUAUUUGUAAACGAAUCUGAAUUGUGGGAAGAUGGACAAGGAAAGAAGUUUGUUGGUGGUGAUAACACUACUACCGUUGCCAUUCCAUUCGUUUUGAAAUAUUUAGAUUCAGAAUUGGCUGCUAUGGGUAUAAGAAUGAGGUAUAAUGUUGAACCUAAAUGA